UGUCAGUCUACAAUCUUCAUGGAGGACAAUACGCUUACCGAGGAAAUGUUAUUAAUUUUCCUCAAGAUGUACACAACUUUGUGACACGUCUUCCACGUCAUCCAUCAACUUUAGAUACCCUUAUUAUACGAC